AUGGAUGAGGUUCAGAAGAAACUAAGCCAGAGGUAUGAGACAAGACCCCGCAAAGUGAGGUUCAAAAUCUCUUCGGGAUACAGUGGCCGGGUGUUAAAGCAGGUCUAUGAAGAUGGCCAGGAACUGGAGCCUCCAGAGGAAGAAUCACCUCACCGUUUUCUCCACCACAGCUUUGGGUCAGGGGACCAUUUCAACAGGGCUGGUGAGGCACCAGAAUCCAGGUUUUAUUCAUCAACCAAACUGACUGCCCAAAGGAUCAGUGUAUUCAAAGAAGGUAGCAAGUACAAUCUAGCAAGUAACCCUCCACUCUUCAGUGACUACCAAGCAAGUGAUAGUCAUCACAGGCCCUCCCCCAUUUUAGAUUUUGGCAAGAUUGUCAUCUACACUAGCAACCUGAAAAUCAUCCGCACUCCAAUGGACAAGAAAGAACUGAUGAGAAAAAUCAUCCAGAACGAGGGCACUGAUGACUGGCCCUUCAUGUGCCGAGAUGGGAAGGAAGGGGAUAGUCAUCAAGUCAAUGGGCGUGUGAAAGAUGCAGAAAACCAACUUGCUGGCAACCAGUAUGUGGAGGAAGAAGACACUGAGCACAAUUGCUCCCAGUGUAAAGGAUCAGGCUCAGCCCCCUGCUCUCUGUGCCAUGGAAGCAAGUUUUCAAUGUUGGCUAACAGAUUUAGAGAGUCCUACCGGGCUCUCCGAUGUCCUGCUUGCAAUGAAAAUGGCUUGCAACCGUGCCAGGUCUGUGCCCAAUAAUUGUAUCUACCAUCCUUUCAACUACCUAUGUGUCUCCAGGUCAAUGUUUCACUGAAACCUUAGUACACAUUGUCUAUUCUUUAUAUAAGAAAGCAACCAGUGUAUAAUAGCAGGUUAUUAAAAAGUGGCAAGAGAGCAUUGUGCACACCCCUAACUCUACAUGUAAACCUACUCCUAUUACUGUUACUCCACCCCCCAUCAGUUUGUUUGUACAUGCACUUGUUGCAUCUUCUAAUUAAAUUAGGCCCCAGUCCUGCAAACACUUAUACAUUGUGCUUAAUUUGACAUGUGAGUAAUGCAGUGAAGUCAAAGGGACUACACGUAUUUAUAAAUUAAGCACACGCUUAACUCUAUAGGGUGGGGACUGCAUGUUUACAUAGUGCCUAGUACUGUGGGGCUGCAAUGCUUGUCUGGGCCCUGUACGUGUUCCUGUAAUAAAAUACUACUAAUAAUAAAUGGCAGAAAUAGCUGUACUUUAAGGAUGUGAAUAAUUUGUCAAAUUACAAAAUGUUUGUAUAAAAACAAUGCUGCACGUUGCCACAACCUCCUCUUAGAUUUAACGUGUGGACAUUUUAAAAUGAUAUUUUAUUGUGCAAUUCACUCUACCCUGCAAUGGAUUUCCUGCAGAUUUCAAAUAUAGUCUUAUGAUACACAACAAUUCUUCCAGUGUAUGAUUUAAGUAGCAGACUAGAGACUUUCUCCCAGUCUGAAACAUUAUUAUUGAGAAAUUACCAUAGGGAAAUUAAAAAUAGAAAAACUGGAGCAUUUUAUAGCCUGAUCCUGAGAAGUGCUGACCCACAGCUCCCAUUGAUGUUAAUGGGAAUUGCGGAUGUUCAGCACUGCUCCGGAUCAGGCUGGUGGUGAACAGGGCUCCUGUUGCUUCGUAUUAAUCCCAUGUUGUCAUUUGCAAAAUAUAAACUCUAAUUAGUUUAGCUGAAGCAGCGAUGUUAAAUAGUUAGCAGGCUACCAGUAGCAGCACAGGACACAAGGGCUUCAUAAAAAGUGGAGGCAAACAGGGGAAAUGCUUUUUGUUUUCUAAAAGCUUAUUACACUUGAUAUUCUUGGAUAAUGUUAAUGAAGGUUUAACUUGCACGUUACCUCUGAGACUCUGAAUUAAGAGGCUUCUUACAUGCUCUACAUGCUGAGGUUGCAAGCCUAGACACAGUAAUGUAUAGCUGAGUUUGUACUUUGGCAUGUUUAUGUUAUAAGAUCUCUCUGAGACAGCUGGAUUAUUAGAAAUAACGCCAUCCUAGUUUUCAGAUCUUCUGAUGUUUGUAACUGAUAUCAAAACUAUGCUGUUUAAAAAAUGCAUAAUAA